ACUUCGUCCUCUUCUCUGCUAAUCCCAGAAGUCUCUCGGAUGCUGAUCGACAGAACAGAUGCCUUGUUUGAUUGUUGUAUACGGCUAAUGACCUUCGGCAUCCAGUCCGAACUAAAUAUUGCCCCCCACUCGGAAGUUCUGCGAGGACGGCCGAUUGCCCAAGCUCUUAUAUUCAUUAAUAUGACGGAGAUUAUUCCCCCUCAUCUUGCAUCUUUACACCUGUGUCUCUUGUUGAGGAAUCGUCAUGUCUACUACUAAGCCGGCUAUCGGAUUCGUCGGCCUCGGGGCCAUGGGCUUCGGCAUGGCCACACAUCUUGUUCGCCAGGGUUACCCCGUCUACGGGUUCGACCUUUACGCCCCCUCAGUCCAGCGGUUCCAGGCGGCAGGAGGCAUUGCCGUUCCCUCGCUGCGCGAUUCCGCCCGAGACAAGCAGUUCUACGUGUGUAUGGUGGCUUCUGCACCGCAGGCCCAGUCGGUUCUAUUUGGUGAAGAGGGGAUCGUCGAUGUUCUACCUCCGAAUGCAACACUGCUGCUGGCUUCCACCGUGCCCGCCAGCUAUGCCCAGUCGGUAUCCGCGGAGCUGCAGUCGCGCGGACGCAGCGACAUUUUCUUCAUCGACUGUCCGGUUUCCGGCGGCGCAAAGCGUGCCGCCGACGGCACGCUUUCCAUCAUGGCAGGGGGAUCUGAUGAAGCACUCCAGCGUGGGAAGUUUCUGCUUCAAACGCUGUCGGACAGCAACAAGCUGUAUCUAGUUCCCGGCGGGGUUGGGGCCGGCAGCAAUAUGAAGAUGGUUCACCAAGUGUUGGCAGCGAUCCAUAUUCUGGGGGCCAGCGAAGCGAUGGGGUUUGCUGCCCGGUUAGGCCUGGAUGCGACACAGGUGGCAGAGGCCAUCAAAUCUUCAGACGCAUGGACGUGGAUGCAUGAGAACCGGCUGCAGCGUAUGCUAGAGGAGGAUUGGAAUCCCGGUGCAAGUGCUCUAACCAUCAUCCUGAAGGAUGUAGGUAUUAUCACGGCUUCUGCCCGUCAACAUCAAUUUCCGACCCCUCUCUCCUCCACCGCCGAACAAAUUUACCUCGCUGCCCUGUCGCAGGGAUUCGGCAGUAGAGAUGACUCCGCCAUGGUCCGCCAGUACUUCCCAGACCCCAUUCAGCAGGUAUCGGCGAGCAAGUCAGCCGUGGAGACCGAAGCUGCACUACAGCUCGUCCUUGAUCUCAUGCGAGCGACCAACCUCUGUGCGGCAGCCGAGGCAAUUGCAUUCGCACGCUUCCUCAACGUCGACCUCGACCAGUUCUACCAACUGGUCAACGACGCUGCGGGCGCCAGUCGCAUCUUCACCACUCAAGGGCUGGAGAUGAUCGAGGGACGGGUCGGUGACAAGGCAACCCAGGGAGCAGUAAGACUACGUACCGUGACCGAAGCGUUGGAGAAGGCAAUCCAAGCCGGCAGAGACGUCACCUGUCCCUUACACUUGGGCCAUGCGGCGCUGAGUCUGCUACUUCUUGCUCAACGGGCGGAAGGAGACCAAUCGAGCGCCAGUGUGAUUCGUAUUUUCAAUUAGCAGAUAGUCAGUACAGUAUAGAGUAUACCGUAAGAUCCGAAAACUUUCUAGUAAGCAAUAUACUAGUAUCGGACCAACUCCGAAGUGACAUCAGCCCCUCAUGAGAUACAAGUACAAGCACUACAGUCAACUAUUUCUAC